AGUCGCCAGUUUGAUCCGCGAGUGUCGAGUAUUGUUGCUGAGAAAUGUCGAAAAUUAUUGUUGUCGUGGGUUCCUGUGUAGUCGAUUUCGCCACAUACAGCUCUCGGCUGCCGAAACCCGGUGAAACUCUUGUGGGUGACAGAUUCGAGCGGAGUUUCGGCGGUAAAGGCGCCAAUCAAUGCGUCACUGCAGCGAGAUUAGGAGCUUCGACCGCGCUGAUAGGAUCGUUAGGAUCCGAUUCGCUCGGCCAGGAAUAUCUGGAAAACUUGAAGAGAGAAAACAUUGAUUUGACACACGUAAAAAUAAAAAGUAAUAGCGAUACAGGGAUAGCGCAGAUUAUGGUUACGGAGACUGGAGAGAAUGUAAUUGUUACUAUUUUCGGCGCUAACGCGUUAAUGACUUGUCAAGAUGUAUUAGACGCCAAGGAUAAAAUUAAAUCUGCAUCAGUUCUUGUUUGCCAGUUCGAAACCACUCUGAAGGCCACUCUAGAAGCCCUCAAGUUAUUCAAGGGUCAAGGUGUGUCGAUUGUCAACGGCGCUCCCGCCAUGCAAAACGUGCAUCCGGAUAUUUUUAAGCUGUCCGAUAUAUUCUGCGUUAACGAGACGGAGGCAGAAAUAAUGACCGGGAUACCGAAUUUGCAAUUGUCUGCAGGCCAAUUGGCAAUCGAUAAGCUACUCUCCUUCGGGUGCAAUACAGUAAUCAUAACGUUUGGUAGCCACGGCGUUAUUUACGCUUCUAAAAACAAGAAAAAAGCCGUUCACGUGCCAACCAUGCCCGUACAAGCUGUCGACACAACUGGUGCUGGAGAUUCCUUUUUGGGUGCUCUAGCAUACUUCCUAGCGUAUAAUCCGGACUUUCCACUGGAAGAAUGCAUUAAAAGAUCGAAUAAGAUUGCUGCAAUCAGCGUUACGAAAAGUGGAACUCAGGCGAGCUUCCCAUAUAGAGAGGACUUGCAAAAAGAACUGUUUCAGUAGCUCUGAUCAGC